UGCCGCAGAUCCAAAAGUGAAAAAAUUGACGAACUACGAAACUUUGGAACAGCGCAAACCAUGAACAAAUACACUACCAUCAACAUGGACCUGCUAGCGGGAUACGGGUCGUCGGACUCCGAGGACGGUCCCUCCCCGGCUUCCGGGAACAGGGACGGCGAGACCGGAGAGCCGGGACCACAAAAAGAGCAACCAAAGCCAAAGCCAAAGCCGGCAGGGCUCGCGCUGCUGCUGGGGGGGGGCGCCGACGACGGUUCGUGCUCGUCGUCGUCGGAGGGCGCUGCGCACCGGGGGCAAGCGGGCCGCGGCGGCUCUCCCGCGGAACCGGCUUCCAAGAAGCCCCGCCGCGGCGGGAACGAGGGGAACCACGACACCAACGGCGGCGGCAGCAGCAGCCGUUUGUUUCUGGCACGGCACCGCCUUCCGUUUCCGCGGCUGGCGUCGCUGCGGAGCGGUUCCACGAGUCCGUCGUCGUCGUCGUCCAUGGUGCAUCGGAGCAGGGACUCUUUGUCGCGGGAAGCUCCCCGCCACCGCGAAAAAGGUUCGCCCGAGACAAUAACGGCAUCCAUCGGGAGCAAACAACACCACCAGCGGUUUCGGUUUAAGCAACUGGCGGCGCUGGUCGCACCUUGUGGCGGCAGCCACAAAAGCUGGGCCGAGGCCAUCAAGAGCGAGCAGGGAUUCCACAACCCGGGCGUCUUUCAAUCGGUGAUGGAGCGCUCUGGAAUCACCGAGCCCCUGGGGAGCCGGGCCGAUCCCGCGUGAGGGAGCGAUCGAUCGAUCGAGAAAAAGGCCGAGAAAAAGGCCGAGCGACCGGCGAAAGAACAAGCAAACGGUGCGGCUCGGUACAGGCGCCGUGCGUGCCCGCCGUCCCCCGGACACUAAGACAGACGAGGCAAAGGAUUCGACAAGCGCGCGGGAUGGGGAUCCUUUGCGGCGAGCACAAGGCCACCACGGCACACGACAAGCCAUUCGUUUGGCACGGGGAGUUUCUCCGAUCGCCUCCCAAGCGCUCCAAUCCGUCCAUACACUACAGUAGUUCAGU